AUGUCUGCUCCCGGGUCUCCAAAGCCUGGAGCUCCCACGCUUCACCACCUCAGCGACUCUCAAUCCCAACGCAUCCUAUGGCUCCUCGAAGAGCUUGCCCUCGAAUACAAGCUCGAGUAUAACAUCGUCCUCUACGCCCGCCAUCCCAAAACCAAGCGCGCUCCCGCAGAGCUCGCUGCUGUUCAUCCAUUAGGCCGAUCCCCUACUUUGGUCACGGCAGACGGCCGCACCCUCAUCGAAAGCCUUACCAUCACCAGAUACCUCCUCAAGACCUACGACACACGCAACAAAUUUGCGGCUGAGGAUUGGAUUCGCGAGGAUACACUGGCCUCUUUUUCCAGCGCCACUUUGUUCCCUCUCGUGACGCAGGAAAUGCUAUUCGAUCUCGCUGCCAAGAGCGUCCCGUGGCCGUUCAAUUAUAUCAUCAAGCGGAUCAAGAAGGCGCACGAUAAGCUCUUCUCGGAUGCAGAGUUUAAAAAAGACAUGGAGCUCUUGCAGAGCGAACUGGGCGAGGGGGAAUGGUUCAAUGGAAAGGAAUUGGGGAUGGCUGACUUUGUGAUGAGUUGGCCGAUGGAUGUUAUUGCUGUGAGAGGUUACGUGGAUUUGGAAAAGACCUAUCCGACGUUAUAUGCGUGGAGGACGAGGCUUCAACAACGACCCGCUUGGAAGAGUGCGUUGGAGAAGGGAAAUCAAUACGACUUGGAUAAGCUGCUGGGUUGA